AUGAUGCUACGACUGUUAUUGAAAACUCCAGUUUCCACUUCCUUUCUUCAUACAUUCAUAAGAAGACAAUCAAACAUCGCAUUACCAUUUUUGUACAAAUUAGAGCCAAAGUGUCGGUCAUGUGGAAUUCGAUUACAAACUACUGAUCCCACAAAGCCUGGUUACUUUAUUCAACCAAAGAAUGAAGCCACGUCUAAAUCAAAUGAUAAAAAGUAUAUUAAACACGAGAACCAAGUGUUUGAUAAGUUGAAAAAUGAAUUACCUCCAGAGGAGCAGGAAUUAUUACUAAGUAACACAUUUACUACAAAUCCACCAGAAAAGAAGCAAGAUGCUUUCUCUUGCUCCUCUUCUUCUUCUUCUUCUUCUUUUUCCUCCUCAGUUAAUCAGGAUGGUGAAACUGUACGUCAAGUAAUUGAGAAAUUGUAUACGGUUGAACCAGACGAAAAUAGCCAUGAUUGUAUUCGAUGUCGACAAAUGACAUACAAUUCCAACUACGAAAUGGAUUCGAAAAAUUAUCCCAUUGAUCAACUAAAUCAUGUUCUAAACAACAUCCCCAUUGACUCACCAGUGGUUUAUUUAUUCAGUGCUAGUGAUUUCCCCAUGGGUAUCAAUCCCGAUAUUUUCAAUUAUCGUCAACCUCAAUAUGUAUACUUCAUCAUGACCAAGACUGAUAAUUUAAUUGAAAAGACUAAAGAGGCGUCACAAAAUUACACCAAACAAUUUAUUCAAGAUUAUUUAUACAUCAAAUAUGGAGUGCCUCGCAACCAUGUUUUCAUAUCACUGGGUAAAAAUAAUUGGUCAUGUCAACAAUUGUAUCAUUUCAUACCUAAUGGAUCCUACAUUAUAGGUAACGCCAAUUGUGGUAAAUCAACACUAAUCAAGAGCCUUUUACUUGAUGAAGAAUUGCAAAAGAAAAAACAGUUGCAAUUGAAUAGUAAACAUGAAAAUGUCAAAUUGCCACCAAGUUUGAUCAAUAAAGUGAAACAAAAAUUUGUCACGUCAUUUAUGAAUAAAGUCGGUCCUGGAAUUUCAUAUUUACCGGGGUUCACUCGUGAUAUCAUCCCCGUGGAAAUCGGGUUGAAAUUGGUUUAUGACGUACCAGGAUUCAAUUCGGAUUCCAAAACCAUGCACAAAUUAUACGAUUCAUUUAAAUCUUCAAAAGAUAUUCAUCGGUUAAUUAAAGGCGCAUCAACAUUUACCAAAGGAUUGUACAAGUCACCUUAUGUGACCAUCAAAGGACCUCAAGUUGUCAAUUUGGAAGGGUUGGGGUUUUUACAGUUACCUAGAAGCGCCAUAUACCAGUUGCGUAAUGUCACCAAUAUCCAACCACAUAUAUUCAGUAAUAUACACAAAGUUGACACAUUAUUGCAGAAUGGAGUACCACAACCACUACAAAAUAAAUUCGCCAUCAACAUCAAUGGCAAAACACUUCUAGACUACAACAAGUUUCUAAUCCCACCAUUUUAUGGAACUAUUGAUCUAGUGUUUGAAAACUUCGGAUAUCUCAACUUGAAACCAGUUGGCGGCAAACAUACCAAUGAACUAAUCAAAUUGUACUUGUUCCCUGGUGUUAAAGCAAUUGUUCGUGAUCCUAUAACUAAUUAUAUUGCAAAGACGUUUAGUGGAUUGGACAAAUAUGGACAACCGGUGCCCAAGCAAGAUUAUUUUAAAAAGAGUAGGUUUCGAUUGACACGAUUCAAGAAUGAGCAUCCGAUUUAUUCACAAUUGUGUCCCGCGGUGGGGAAGAGCGAUGAAAACGGAGGCUCUGCUAUUGAAAGUCCUGAUGAAGAUGAUUAUGAUGACGAGUACAUGAAGAAAAAAGUUCGUGAUGAUGAGUAUAGACAAUUGAAUGAAUGGGUGGGAAACAGUAAAAGAGAUGAUGGCGAUGAUAAGUUGAGUCUGGUGCUGUAUGAUGAUGAUUAUGUUAUGCAGGAUCAAACAAAGUUUAACUUUUGGAAACAGUGA